GAAUAUACCUCAAAUACCUCUUUUACAUACUCACUUACCUCCAUUUAGAAUAUCUCCUAUUACCGCAGAGACCAACCUGAAGACAUGCAAGCUCGACAAAGACCCUUGCUUGAACCACGGCUACAUGGGCCCCGCCUGCGCCUGCCUCUGCCCGCCUGGCACCAGCGGCAAGAACUGCGAAGUUUUGGAGAUGUCUUAUCAAGAUGCGAUGCUGAAAUUAUUUUGGACAAAUUCAAGCACUAUUACGAAGAACAAUACUGUGGUCAAGAACCCUGAAUGUUCAGGAACUUCAGGCUGUGGGGUAGUAAUGGACAUCGUGCUGAAAGCCGGUAAGUGUGAGCGAGCCGUGCUGACCUUCCAGGACUUCGAUCUUCUGAAGCGCGGCGAGGAUGGAUCUUGCCAACCUGCAAGCAAGCUGGCAAUAAAAUCAAAAAUCGAAGACGGGAGCCCAAUGAUUUUUUGCCACAAAGAAAUCCUGCCUGGCCAAGUGUUUAAAGGCGAAAAGGGCCUCUUAAUCCUCUCGUUCGAAGGCACCAUAGACUCACCAAACCUGAAGUAUGAAGAGUGGAAGGCCCUCUUCACCACAGAACGCAUCGCCGGCUGCACGGGAUGAGUGAUCGCGUUCUCUCCUGUCCCAGCUGCGAAAACUCAGUCCGGCGUCCCGUCCUUACACCUUCCUCAACCAAAUAAAUAAAUUAUUCAAGCUAACUAAUUAGAUCAGGGACGGGUGUUUAGGUGGCCUCUGCAUAGCGCUAGCCAGCCACCGAAUUUAUUUCAAUUAAUAUGAGCCACUCACAGGUUGAGGUCCAUUUCGAUAACAUGCAAAUGCUUAUAGGCCAAAUGUUCUUGAAGAAUAUCAAGCAUUUCUUACUUGGCAAGAGAGAGAUGAAACGUCAAAAUUGGAGUGACAUGAAUCUAGGUUAGUUAACCCGCAGUUCAUAAUUAAGAUUAGAGUGUUCAACUGUUCAUUGACUGAAUUUAUUAGGCAACAUCCGCAUGGGUUGUUACUUGCGAACGCUGGUGCCAUUGGCUGACAAAUAUUAUGGCCAGUUUUGGAGGUCCAGUCGACACAGGUUAGGUCGUUUUUGUUCGAUUUAGUUGGUUUUCUAUGGCCGUUCUACCAAAACUCGUUCAAAUUAGAGUAACCACCUUAGUACACGAGAUGGCUCAAGUUCAUGAAGAUGCCUAAGUACACAUGGUAGCCUAAUUAAACAUAUCGGUCGAUUUCUCGUCAGUUAUUGGUUGAUGAUUGGUCGUUAGUGAUUGGCUGAUGGUGUUACAAAAUCGUAAUUUUUAUUGUAAUGCCCCAGGUCUAUUUAUUCUCGUGUGUUGUGCCAUUUACCUGCCAUUUAUUCAUUAUUACCACAUGAGUUUUCCGGGUCGCCUGCCGUAGACCACCACUGCCCUGGAUGUAAUGGACCAUCAUGAUUCCUGCCGUCCA